AAAUCAAACAAUUGUUGUUCGAGAAUAGAAAGAUGAACACUUUGAAAAGGAAUAACAUUUAAAAGCGAUAAAUGAAUGGAGAUGGCGGAGUCUUCCGAUAAUGAGCAGGAGAUUGGACGCAAAGUCAUAAUCAAAAAUUUUGUUGCACUCAAGAAGUAUAUGCAUCCUGAUCCUAUAAUUGAUUGUGAAACAGACUUUGAAUUACUCACUGUCACAGACAGGAGGACAAUCCAGGGUAAGGGCCUUAUUGAAAAGAAUGAAGCGAUAUUUAGGAAAGUAAUGUCUAAAGGUGCAAGAGGUUACAAAGAUUUUAAAGAGCGUCUUAAAAAGACUUGGCAGACUGAACUAUUACAGCUAAUCGUUUGUGCAGAGAAUGGACAGAACACAAGAGAGAUAGAAGAUCGGCUUAAGAAAAUUGCAGUUUUAAGUCCAGAGUAUAUCAAACACAGAGGUGAACUUAAAGAAGAUCUGAUGAGAUUCUACAAAUGGAGUCACAGUAAAGUUCUCCUUUCGCCGCUUAUUGAAGAGAAUGAUACGCCGUUGGCUUCUUUCUAUAUCAGGCCUGAAUUAAAUGUUAACACUUUGCAGGAUAUGUUCAAAACUGAAGGUGUGGCUAACCGAGAAAUAUAUUUAAAGGCUGAUGCUGGACUAGGAAAAACUACAUUUUCAAAAUAUCUAGCGACAUCUUGGUAUCAGGCGCACUGUCCAGAUGAAGAUGCGCAAUAUUUUGAAAUGAAAGAUAUGGACUGUAUGCGUGACUUUGACUUCGUAUUUCUGGUGUUAUUGCGAGAUUCGAACACUUCAUGUUCUGUUGAUGAGCUCAUUUUCAAACUUAUUAUUUCAAAGCUGGCCAACUCAACAUCGUUUACGGAAGAAUUUAUUGAGAAACUACUGAGUCGUGAGAAAUGCCUAGUGAUUCUUGAUGGCCUUGAUGAAUGGACUCAUCCAAAUACGCAAUGUGAAAGAGGACCACGAUCAAUCCCCCACAGGAACGUUCGAGAAAAAUGUACAAUUAUAACGACAACAAGACCAUGGAAAUUAGGAGAUUUGAAUUUAAGUUCAAAUGAGUUAGGGAAAACUGUAGAACUUACCAAACUUAGCCACGACUCAGCAGGUACACUUGUAACACGAACAUUACUAAGAUUGAAAUCUCCUCCUCAUAACAUGUCAAUAGAAAUUGAUGACACUUCUUUAGUUAAAGAAAUAUUCAAUAGCCGUGUUGCUCACCUUGCAUACGUGCCUUUACUUCUAAUGUAUAUGAUUUGCUUAAGUUGUGAAGGAUUCAAUAUAGGUAAAUCAAAAUGUGAACUGUAUGUAAAAAUAGUCGAACUCCUCUUAUUGAGAACGACGCAGAAAUAUGGAAAUAUUCACAAACCUCUUUCUUCAGUGAAUUCCAGCAUGCUUUUUCUGAACAUGAUAAAUGUAAGGAAUACUUCCCACUCCUGA